AAAAGCUUCUGCGUUUUCUCUCUUUCUGUCUCAUUGGAAUUUGUGUAGUUGCGCAACGACGCUCUUAGCGCAUUUUUAAAUAAGAAUAUUGCCGACUGGAGCAGCAAAGCAAACAGAAAAAAAUUACUCAGUACAAACAUCGCAAUUAAAUCAUGGAAAAAUCUCUUCAACAUCAAAACGUAGAUAGUUUAAGAGCGCAACUUAAUGCGACACGAAUCCCGCUAUCUAAAGCUGCAAACGAUAUAGUGCAGUUUUGUUUGCAAAAUGAAGGUAGCGACCCGCUAGUAACGCCUGGUGCACGAAAACCAAAUCCUUGGGCAGAAAAAUCUAAAUGUAUGCUGAUAUAAUAACUGCUUUGUAAAUAUUUUAAAUGUUAAUUACAUACAAUUUUGGUUUUUUGUU